AUGUCGGCUUCCAUCUUUGCUCGUCAGCCCAUGCUCCUUCGCAGUCAAGCGCGCACCUCGCUGUGUCUUGUGCAACCCACAACCUUGCGCAUCGGUUCUGCAACGCCCGCUUUGGCCGCACGAUCCUUGCACACCACCCCUGCGCCCUCCGCUUCCGCCUCAAACCGUCGAUGGCCACUCAAAACACUCUCCGGCGGCCUGGUUGUCGCAGGGUCGGGACUCUACUAUCUGCAGCCGGACGCUCCCACGCGUAGCUUCUCCGUCCAUUCCCCACUCGAAUCUUCGGAGAAACCAGUUACUGGGUCGUCUACCCUCGUUCGGCCCGCAUCGCCCUCCGCGCCACGUCGUCAGACCGUGACACUGGUCUUCCUCACCUCGUCCUCCUCCUCCGGCGGGCUGGUCAAGAGUCUCGUCUCCAACUUUGGCGGUGGAGGUGGGGAGAGGGAGAAGUGGUUCCCUUGGAUCGGCUACUUCCGCGAGGCUGGGUACGAUUGUCUCCAGAUGAACCUUGCUCUGCCCCCUCAAGCAGAAGGAAGGAAGACGGAGAAGCUGGCAGACGAGCUUCACAGCCAGAUCCGACUGAGCAAUUUGCAGCGUCAACCGGUGCUGUUUGUGCAUCAUUCCGCCGACAGCGCGCCAGAGGCAACCGCGAGCAUUGUCAGUCAGUACAUCGAGCCUGGGCAGUCGAGUGGCGGCGGCGGUGGGCUCUUGGGCAAGAUCUUUGGUGGCGGCGGAAUGUUUGGUGGGCGACCGGCGAUCUCAGGGCUCGUGGUCAUCUCCGAUCUGGACGACGCUUCCGCCCUAACGCUGUUCGGCAAGCAUCCCAAACUGAACACCCUCAUCGUGGCCAAUGGCGGAGCGAAGACCAGCGGCCAUCAAGGAAAAGUGACGGUGCUGGACGCCGAGGGCAAGAAGCACGAAAGCAUCAUAAAGGAUAUCGAGCGGUGGCUCAUCAAGGAAGGAUAUGAGGGAUAA